AUGGCCCAAGCGCAUGGAAGCGAAGAUGGUUCAGUAUUGAAUCAAGUCAUCGCUACAAUCCGGGCAUCUUCAGCGGUGACUGCACAAGAUGUUAGUUUCUACAAAAACCUUGAUCCUUCUAUUGCAACUUCUGUUAAUAACAUAUCCGCUCGUCUUUUAGGCCUGAUUAAUGACAUUUUGUUGUCGGUUGACGAAAACAAUGAUAUCAUUGAACAGGGUUCUGAGGGACUGGAAAGCGCUUGGAGUAACGUUGGCGAGGUAAUGGACCUUCUCUUCGAGAAAUCAGAACACGCUCUGGCUGCAGGUGAAAAGAGGGAUAACGGAGAAUUGUCAAAAACCGUGCAAUACCUUGAUGAUUCACCAUCUCUCCAUGAUGGUGCGCCAAAGAAGAUUUUAAAGCCUCAACUGUUAUUCAAGCGGCCAAUAGAUAAUUCCGAAUCACAUCCUUUCAAACCUCUUCUCAAGAAGAAGCCUCACGCUCUGCGGAGCCUGGACGAGAGUUUGAGGCUUACUGCAGAGCAAGAAGAUGUACCUGCACACUAUCCUCAGCCUUACGAAUACGAAAUUGAUCAUCAGGAAUACAAUGAAUCCGUGUUGCAAAUUAGCGAGCCCGUUCCUUCUUUACCUUGGGACGAAACAGAAGCAGAAUGGGUGGAUAAUACAGACGCUCUGAAACUGAUGCUCAAUGAAUUGCUACUAGCCAACGAGAUAGCUAUCGAUUUAGAGCAUCAUGAUUACAGAACAUACUAUGGAAUCACUUGCCUAAUGCAAAUUAGUACACGAGAAAAAGACUGGCUGAUAGAUACCAUCGCUUUAAGAGAUGAUCUUUGGAUACUGAAUGAGGUUUUCACUGAUCCAAAAAUAACUAAAGUCUUGCAUGGCGCUUUUAUGGAUAUCAUAUGGCUGCAACGGGAUUUAGGCCUAUACAUUGUCAGCUUAUUUGACACUUAUCAUGCUUCCCGGCUUUUAGGAUCCCCAAAGCAUAGUUUAGCCUAUUUGCUUGAAAGAUAUGCUCAUUUCAAGACUUCAAAAAAGUACCAGUUGUCAGAUUGGAGGGUGAGACCCUUACCCAAGGCUCUGAAGGCGUACGCGAGAGCUGACACGCAUUUUCUCCUGAACAUUUAUGACAACAUGAGAAAUUCACUAAUAGAACAAAACAAACUUUCUCAGGUGCUACAUGACUCCAGAAAUGUCGCUAAGCGAAGAUUCGAGUUUACAACGUUUAGACCAAAAAUUGUCACUUCUCAUGUGUUUUCCCCCAUCGAAAGGGAGGACCCUUGGAGGACGCUCAUGUUUCAAUACAACAUACCUCAAAGUAAGAGCCUUCUCGUUAGAAGAUUAUACGAAUGGAGAGAUAUGGUGGCAAGAAGAGACGAUGAAUCUCCAAGAUACGUCAUUCCAAACCAGCUUCUGGUCUCGCUGGCUGUGAACGCCCCUACAACUCCAGCAUUGAUUAUGGCCACGAGUACUUUCGUCACGGAACAUAUACGGCAGAACGCUAAAUCACUAGCGCUAUUGAUCAAAAAGUCCCUAGAAUCGUCUAGUAAUGAAUUUGGCCAGUUACUAAAUUCUGCUAACACCGUACAGAACAGCAGUCCAACGAAGAUGUCUUCAGAAGACAUUGAGAAAAACUCUCGGAUGUUUGAAAAGUUUUUAGAAGAUUUCUCUUACGAAAAAGCAGCCGAUUGUGGCAUUAGUUUGGGAUCCUCUCUUUUUCAAAAGAAGUUUGUUCCUUGUGAAGAAUACGUUUCUUACCAAGAAAGCCGCGCAAGCCUCGUCGACCACAACUCGCUUGAAAAUCGAAGACACCAAGUUUCAAAGAAAUACGAGGCCGAACGCGACAUCGCCAGACCGCAGGUCCAUAUUAGGGCCGCAAGCUCACAUGCUGUAUGUGACAAGGAGGCGGGCGCAGAAGACAAUGAAAGCGCAGAGGAGGAAAACAAAGCACGGAAGGAAGAAAUGGACGAGGUAAUUGUAUUGAAGCAGAGGAAGACUUUGGCAGACAAGGAGCAACGUGCAGUCGACAAAGCAACUCCUUCCAUAGAACCCUUAGACUUGCAAUCUGCAAGGAAAAUCCUAGAAGCACCCAGUAACAACGUUAGGAGGCCUAAGAAGAGGUUUGAUCCAUAUGCUACCCUGGCGGCUGGCCCCCCUAGCGUCAAGAAAAGAAAAAAAACCAAGGGGCUGCAGAAGUCGUUUAGGGGCUAA